AUGACCAUUAUUGAUGCAGAUGCGCAGAAGGUCUUUGUGCGAUUCCAAAUCCCUCGAGAUAAACAACAUCCAGAACCGGCCCGUGUCGCAAACCUACAUUGGACUGCGAACAAGGGAGAGGUUACCGCUGCAUACCGCAACUUCCACAAUACCGGGGGAAACAACAUCAUGCUCUGGAUGGAAUUUAAUAUCUGGGCACUUCAAUACGCCGGCCUAUUCUCUCACCCGAAUCUUUUGCACGUUGAGCCUCAGUUGGGCCUAAACCAAACCGAAGUUGUUGUUUCUUUCAUCCUUCCCAGUGGAACGGAGAAAUUAGAGAAGAUCUACCCUACCAUUGGACAUGAUUGGUCCGAGCUGGAUAAAGCAGCAGCUCACUACGUCUUUGGGUUAAAGGGAAAUCUCGACAUCCAUGACUACGCAUACAGCAGCAAUUAUACCCUCAAAAACGCUAUCCAAACCUACAAAAAUGGAAAUGCGAGAACUGCAUCAAAGCUGCAUUUGGCCUGCGCCACGCCUGGAGGUGGUAACCUUUUUAGCACCUUGAUUGUCAUGGGACAAUGGCUGUCCGCCCUAUGCAUCUAUGCCGCCUCGUUCAGAACCGACGGUUCCUCCUGGCGUAAACCUCUAAUCACCCAGAUUAUUAUGCCAGGUCUUUUGUUUCUCAUCGGCUUCCCCCUCCUACCUAAAUCACCAGCGUGGCUCCUAAUGAAAGACCGAGACGACGAAGCACUCGAGGCUCUCAAAGGUUCAGUGGCUUAA